CGCCGGUUCCUUUUCCUUUCUAGGCAUUUUGGGACAGGAGUACUGAUAGCCACUGCCUUUGUCCAUCUGCUCCCUACCGCAUUCGUUUCAUUGACUGAUCCAUGUCUUCCUCGGUUCUGGAGCCAAACCUACCGUGCCAUGGCCGGUUUUGUGGCCAUGAUCUCUGUGUUUGUUGUCGUUCUCGUCGAGAUGUUUUUCGCCUUGAAAGGAGCAGGCCAUGUGCAUGGGAGUGAAUAUGACCAAUUGAUCAGUGAUGUUGGUGCAGAUUUUUCAAGUGACGAUCAAGACGAAGGAAUCAACUACAGAGACGGAUUGGCCGACCAUAUUCACCUUGAUAGCAUUGGAGAUCAGAUGCCUUCGGAAUCUUCCGGGCCACUUGAAGGGAUGUCAGCUGGUGAAUCUUCUACGUUCAAUAAUAAAGACCUGGCCACGUUCACGGAAGGUCGUGCCAUAGAGUAUGGAGGGACAGAUCCAUAUGAAAGCACUCGCGUUAAUACGCAGGAAAGGCGUCAUGGUCGGCCCCGGCACUCUGGAGAUCAUCAGUCUCAUGGUGCUGUGCGUCAAGGGACAGAGAUCGAUUCGUCCAGGCAGAACCCACAACGUCAGUUGCUCCAGUGUCUGUUGCUCGAGGCUGGUAUCCUAUUUCACAGCAUUUUCAUUGGAAUGGCACUCAGUGUUGCCACAGGGACGUCAUUUAUUGUCCUUCUCGUGGCUAUCUGCUUUCACCAAACCUUCGAAGGCUUCGCUCUCGGAUCCCGGAUCGCGUCUUUAAUUCCGGAUCUCUUCCCUCCAUCGUCUUUCAGACCAUGGCUUAUGGCCCUCGCGUAUGGAACUACUACUCCCAUAGGGCAAGCUAUGGGUCUUGUUCUGCAUAACCUUUAUGACCCAGCCAGCACUACGGGUCUACUUACGGUCGGAAUAACCAACGCCAUCAGCAGCGGGCUGUUGCUAUUUGCGGGGCUUGUAGAGCUUCUUGCAGAGGACUUUUUGAGUGAAGGAAGCUAUGCGACACUCAGGGGCCAAAGACGCAUCGAGGCCUGUAUAGCAGUUGCAGGGGGUGCUCUGCUGAUGGCAUUCGUUGGUGCAUUUGCCUGA